GGAGAGAGGAAAGGAGAGAGGAAAGGAUCGGCUUGCAUAGCUGCCGCAAUCCACUUUCGGAAUCGUCAAAGAUGCGCCUCUCCCUCUGCCUCGCCUGCGCUGCAGCUCUGCGGGCGCCGCUGCGCGCACCGCUCCGCACACCGAUGCGCAAACCCCUAAUCACGAUGGGCCUCAGCAAAUCCAUCACGGACAGCUUCCCGGCCCUCGUCGCGGGCGCCGCGGUCGUCGGCGCGACGCCCGUCGGGCCUACUCUCCUAAGAUUGGACGGCCCGAAGGUCACCGCCGCGUUAGCAUUAACCAUGCUCGCCAUGGGCACGACGCUCGAGACGGCCGACUUCCGGCGCAUCGCCCAGAGGCCGAAGCCCGUCGCCGUCGGGUUCCUGUCGCAGUUCUGCGUCAUGCCGGCGUCGGCCGUCGUCGCAUCAAUGAUAUGGCGCCUGCCGCCGGCCCAGGCGGCGGGCGUGUGCCUGGUCGGGUGCUGCCCCGGCGGCGUCGCAUCAAAUGUCGUCUCGUUGUUAGCCCGGGCGGACGUGCCUCUUAGCAUAACGAUGACGACGUGCUCGACGGUCGCUGCCUGCUUUUUAACACCAAUUCUGGCCGCGCUCUGCGCCGGGGCCAAGGCGGAGCUGAAUAGGGCAGCAUUAGCGGCCUCGACGGUGCAGGUCGUGCUGGCCCCGGUCGCGCUCGGGCUCGCCCUCCGCUCGUGUUUCCCGAAGAAGUGCGACCGGGCGCAGCCCUUCCUGGCGCCGACGGCGGCGUUAUUGGUCGCGUGGAUCUGCGGGUCGGUGGUUGCGAAGAACUCCGCGGGCGCGGCGGCGGCCGGCGCCGGCCGCGUCCUCGGCGCGCUGCUGUGCCUGCACGGCCUGGGCUUCGGCCUGGGCUACGCCGCGGCGAAGGCGGCGGGCCUGGACGAGGCCGCGCGGCGGACGGUCUCGAUCGAGACGGGGAUGCAGAACAGCGCCCUGGCCGUCGUGCUGGCCGGCGCCGCGGGCCUGCCGCCGGCCGCGAAGCUGCCCGGGGCCAUCAGCGCCACGAUCCACAGCAUCAUGGGGUCCGUCCUCGCGCGGCGGUGGCGGCGACAGAUGCCGACGAUCCCGCGGCGGCCCGCGCCCGUCUUCGAGCGCGUCGCCUGGAGCGGGACGCCGUACCCCGCGCGGCCGUAACGCUCUUCUGAAGUAUUUACAUGGCCCGGGCGGGUGAACGAGCAUCUAACGAGCGCCGUCCACGGCCCGGGACGUUGCUUGCACUACACACU